AUGACCUGUCAAGCAACGUCAAGAUACUUAUGGCUACUUUUCUUUGUCUUUCCCAGCACCACAACAGAAAACCUGGAGGCUCCAUCUUUUCAGCCUGGAAUCCUGUAUCAGUACCGAUACUCACUGGACGCCCAGUUCAGUUAUCUCUCCAGAUCAUCAUGGCAAAGAAGCAAGGUCCAGGCUGAAGCACUAGUUCACAUCCACCUCCUAUGGAGAAAUGUCAGUGAUGCAAGGGAGCACCUUCUCCAAGUUGAGAUACAUAACCUACAAGUCCAUCACAAGCCAGAACACAAGAAGAAUCAGACUAAUAACAGCAGUCCCUCCACAGACGUUUCUCCAAACACCACUGAACUGCAACAGCCUAUUUUCCUUCACUGGUAUAAUGGAAAGGUUGAAGGCUUUUAUGAAAACAAAGCAACAAGCCCUCUAACUCUGGAGCUGAAGCGAGGCCUUGCCAGCCUUCUCCAGUUUCAGACCCAUCCUGGAAAAAAGACUGAGGAGGACAUUUCUGGGAGUUGUCAAGUAACCUACACUGCCUCCGAGGAUUCUGUUCAGAAGACAAAAGACCUUCAUAGCUGCAGAAGAUCAAAAUUUGGAUUCAGCUGUGUGAACAAAAUUUUUGGACUCCUGUGGCAACCCACAAGUAAAAGUCUUUACUCUAUGGAAGGAAGUCUCCUCAAAUCUGCAUUGGCUGAAGAAAAUCAUGUGAUCUCACUAAGCCUGAAAUCUUCCAUUGGAGUCAACAUCACCUCCAGGCAAUAUCUUGAGCUUGUGGCUCAAGAGCCUGGAUCCAAAGAAUUACCUGAGAAGAGUCUUCAGGAAGCGCUGGCUGCCAUAUUGGAAACACCUCAGCCCACCGAUAUAGCGAGUGAGCCUUUCAAGAGGAUCUGCAAACAGUGCCCAAAACUGAGGAACAACUUGAAAUCACUUGGUAAAAAGAAAAUCAAAAUAGACGUCUCUAAGGCAUCGACCACUUGGAAAUUUCACAGAGUUGUCCAAAUGUUACAUGAUGCAAACAAGAGAGACAUUGUUGCACUGCUGAAGAAAGCACCAGAGAAUAUGGUUUCCUUCUAUGUAGAGGCUGCAGUGGCUGCCCAGUCACCAACUUCCUUGAUGGCACUAUCUGAAUUUCUAGAUUUUGGGAGUAAGAAGCAAACACCCUUGCUGGAGAAAUUUCUCUAUGCAGCAGCCUUAUCCCCUCGGCCUUCCACGGAACUGUUCCGUUUGGUGCUAGACAAGAUGAAUGGGAAGAAAUUAAGCCCAGCCAUCUGGGAAACAGGAAACCUUGUCAUUGGCGCCUUGGUUGGCAAGUUGUGUCAGAUGAAACUGUGUGGGCUGCAGGAAGUAGAAACUGGAAUGGAGACUAUCCUGCAGAGUCUCAAACGCACCAGAGACAACACAGAGAGGGUGAUUUACUUGUUAGCCCUGAAAAAUGCUCGGCUCCCGGAAACCAUUCCCACCCUCCUGCUCUAUGCAGAGGAGGGCUCUGCGGCAGUCUCUGCUGCAGCACUCUCAGCACUACAGAGGUUCUCCACGCAGCAUAUUACCAGCCAGGUUAAAAUGGCAAUGAAUCGGAUUUUCCAUCAAAUUUGGAAACUCUAUCCAAAAACUUCAAGACUGAUUGCUGCAGAAAUCCUAUUAGACAAUGAGCCCUCACCAAUGGACUUCAUCAAUAUCCUGUUGGCCACCAGAGCACUAGAACCAGAAAUGUCAAGAUUACUGCUGUCGAAAAUCCAAAGCAUUCUACAAUCCCACCAACAUACAACCAGGCAGAUGAUCAAAGGUGUUUUGAGAGAUCCACAGAUAAAUAAUUACUACGUCCUCUCAUCCCAGACUGGCAGCUCGGACUCCUUCUCAGGACCACUGGCAGUCACCAGUGACAUAUUCUCUACCUAUGACCAGACGAUCCUGUUCACAGAGAAUGGUCUCCUGAGGAAAGGCAGCACCAGUUUCAAUAUAUUAAGCCACGGCCAUCGAUUCCAAGUUGCUCAGGUGGUUACUGAAGUAGCAGGGUUUGAAGGCAUGUUUGGCGGCAGCGCUGAUGAUGAAGAAGAGCAAGAACUCAUGGCUGGCAUGUCGUCUGUUUUGCUCGAUGUCCAGUUACGGCCUGUCACUUUCUUCCAAGGGUACACAGAUCUAAUGGCCAAGGUCCUACUGAGUAGUGGUGAGCCCACCACUGUCACAAAAGGGAAUAUGCUAUUGAUGGAUCAUCAACAGGCAAUCCCACUUCAGUCUGGCUUGCAAACUGUAAUUACUGUUCAGGGAGGAGUUGGACUAGACAUUUCAGCCAACAUCAAUGCAAAUUUGUGGGAGCAGGAGUUCCAAACGAGCAUUAAAACAAGGGCUGCAGUGAUCAUGGAUUUCCGAGCAGAAGUGGAUGCCCCAUUCUUUCAAGCCACUGUCCAAAGCCAGUCAGAAUUAGAAACAGCCAUAAAUUUUAAUGCUUUUCUACAUCUUUCUGAGAAUCUCAUGUGUCUGCAGAUGACAGAGGAAAACGGCUCUUGCAGAGAAGUCUUCUCAGUGUUUGAAUCCUCUGCAAAUGAAACCACAACCGUCCACAAAGGAAGGAAGGCCACCAUCCCUGGGCGGGCACUUCCUUUCCACAGAGCCAAUUCUGAGAUGUGCAGAAUCCUGCAUGCAAACACAGAAUAACAGACGUGACAUCUAUUAGCAGAGACAGAACUGUGGAGACAGUGUCUAUAUGGCAUCGGUUCAGACUUCUGAUUCCUCUUUUCUGUUCCACACCUAAUUGAAGAUAGCCCAAGGUCCAGCUUUCCUAAAGAGUGUCAGCUUUUAAAUAUUCUGAUAAUGCUAAAAUAACCACAGCCUGGACUGAAACAUGAGCAGUUUAAAGAAUAAAGCCGGUUUAUUACAAAGAGAACAAACUUUGUAAGAAAGUGAAAAGAGAAAUCUAACUGUCUAACUAACUAGAAGGAAGCCAGUAACCAACAGAUCUCAGCAGGAGCAAGAAAAACCCCAACUGAGCCAA